CGCGCCCCGCGCAUCCCCGCAUCCCGGGCGGCCGGCGGGGGCUCCAGGACGCGCGAUGGCCGAGGAGAUCGCCUGGCUGGACUUGCCCGGCCGGUGGACCUACGGAGUUGACCGCGGGGGCAGAGUCUUCUUCAUCAAUGAUGAGGAAAAGUCAACCAGCUGGAUGCACCCUGGCACGGAAUCCCCCAUCCAGAGUGGACACUCCUCCAGCCCAGGAUUGCCCAAGGGCUGGGAGAUGGAUUCUACCCAGGAGGGAGCUGUGUAUUUCAUCAACCACAAUGAAAGACGGAACACAUUUCUACACCCAGUGACUGGCCAGGUCCCAGAAGAAAACAAAAAAUUUAACCUAAAAACAUCGGCCUUGGACAUGUCCAAUAAAGCAGGUGGAAAACGCCCGGCUAUCACCAACAGUGACGUAUCCAACCUCAACAUGGUGUCCGAGGUCCCCUCAGAGCGUCCCGGUGUCCGGGCAACCCGAACGUCCCGCAAGGCCAUCGCCUUUGGGAAGCGCUCACACUCCAUGAAGCGUAAUCUUAAUGCACCUGUCACCAAGGCGGGCUGGCUCUUCAAACAGGCCAGCUCUGGGGUGAAGCAGUGGAACAAGCGCUGGUUUGUCCUGGUGGAUCGCUGCCUCUUCUACUAUAAAGAUGAGAAGGAGGAGAGCAUCCUGGGCAGCAUCCCCCUCCUGAGCUUCCGGGUGGCUGCGGUGCAGCCUUCAGACAACAUCAGCCGAAAAUACACCUUUAAGGCCGAGCAUGCUGGGGUCCGCACCUACUUCUUCAGUGCCGAGAGCCCCGAGGAGCAGGAGGCCUGGAUCCAGGCCAUGGGGGAGGCUGCCCGAGUACAGAUCCCCCCAGCCCAGAAGUCGGUGCCCCAAGCUGUGCAUCACAACCACGAGAAGCCAGACUCUGAGAACAUCCCACCUAGCAAACACCACCACCAGCCGUCCCACAAUAGUGUCCCCAAGCCCGAGCCAGAGGCCAAGACUCGAGGGGAGGGUGACGGCCGGGGCUGCGAGAAGGCCGAGAGGAAGCCUGAAAGGCCUGAAGUCAAGAGUGAGCCUCUGGUGAAAGCCAACGGCAUCCAAGCCGGACCGGAACCAGCCUCAGAGCCCGGCAGCCCUUACCCUGAGGGCCCGAGUGUCCCAGGGGGAGGGGAUCGGCCUGCACAGCCCAACGGCUGGCAGUAUAGCUCGCCGAGCCGACCAGGGAGCACGGCUUUUCUGCCUCAGGACUCAGAGAGUGGGGGGCACCAGCGGAGCUUCCCCCCACGUGCCAACCCCGACAAAAUUGCCCAGCGCAAGAGCUCCAUGAACCAGCUUCAGCAGUGGGUGAACCUGCGCCGAGGGGUGCCCCCACCCGAAGACCUCCGGAGUCCCUCUAGGUUCUACCCUGUGUCCCGCAGGGUCCCUGAAUAUUACGGCCCCUACUCAUCCCAGUAUCCAGAUGAUUACCAGUACUACCCCGCAGGGGUGCGGCCGGACAGCAUCUGCUCCAUGCCGGCCUACGAUCGCAUCAGCCCUCCCUGGACCGGGGAGGACAAGCGGCUCUCCUUCCGCAACGGAGGCGGCCCUGCCUUCCAGCUGCGGGAAUGGAAGGAGCCCCCGGGCUACGGGCGGCAGGACGGCCCCGUCUGGCUCCCCGGGCCCUCCCCCCCCUCCCGGCAGCCCGUCUACUACGAUGAGCUGGAUGCCACGUCGGGCUCCCUGCGCCGCCUGUCCCUGCAGCCCCGCUCCCACUCCGUGCCCCGCUCGCCCAGCCAGGGCUCCUACGGCCGCGCCCGCAUUUACUCCCCCGUCCGCUCACCCAGUGCCCGCUUUGAGCGCCUGCCGCCUCGCAGUGAGGACCUCUAUGCUGACCCUGCUGCCUAUGUGAUGAGGCGAUCCAUCAGCUCCCCCAAGGUCCCUCCAUACCCAGAAGUGUUCCGGGACGGCCUCCACACUUACAAGUUAAACGAGCAAGAUACAGAUAAGCUGCUGGGCAAAUUGUGUGAGCAGAACAAGGUGGUGAGGGAACAGGACCGGCUGGUGCAGCAGCUCCGAGCUGAGAAGGAGAGCCUGGAAAGUGCCUUGAUGGGGACCCACCAGGAACUGGAGAUGUUUGGAAACCAGCCUGCCUACCCGGAGAAGCUGCUGCACAAGAAGGAGUCCCUGCAGAACCAGCUCAUCAACAUUCGGGUGGAGCUGUCCCAGGCCACCACGGCCCUGACGAACAGUACCAUAGAGUAUGAGAGCCUGGAGUCCGAGGUCUCUGCUCUGCACGAUGACCUCUGGGAACAGCUCAAUUUGGACGUUCAGAAUGAGGUGCUCAACCGGCAAAUCCAGAAGGAGAUCUGGAGGAUCCAGGACGUGAUGGAGGGGCUGAGGAAGAAUAACCCAUCCCGGGGCACAGACACAGCCAAACACAGAGGAGGACUCGGCCCCACGGCCACCUACAACUCCAACAGCCCCGCCAGCCCUCUCAGCUCCGCCAGUCUCACCAGCCCCCUGAGCCCCUUUUCUCUGGUGUCCGGCUCACAGGGGUCCCCCACCAAGCCUGGGUCCAGUGAGCCCAAAGCAAGCUAUGAGCAAAGCAAGAAAGACCCCUACCAGACAUCACCCCUGGACACCACUAGAGACAUCAGCCUUGUGCCCACCAGGCAAGAGGUGGAGGCAGAGAAGCAGGCAGCUCUCAACAAAGUUGGCAUUGUGCCUCCUCGGACAAAGUCACCCACUGAUGAAGAGGGGACUCCAUCAAGGGUGGUGAGGAGGAGUGCUAACGGACUUACCAACGGACUGUCCUCCCGGGAGCGCCCCAAAAGUGCAGUGUUCCCCAGCGAGGGCAAGGUCAAGAUGAGCGUGGAGGAGCAGAUGGAUCGCAUGCGGAGGCAUCAAAGUGGCUCCAUGAAGGAGAAGCGGAGGAGCCUGCAGCUCCCAGCCAGUCCAGCCCCUGACCCUGCCAGCCGGCCCACCUACAAAGUGGUGCGCCGUCACCGUAGCAUCCAUGAGGUGGACAUCUCCAACCUGGAAGCAGCCCUGCGGGCAGAGGAGCCUGGUGGGCAGGCCUAUGAGACACCAAGAGAGGAAAUUGCCCGGCUUCGCAAAAUGGAGCUGGAACCCCAGCACUAUGAUGUGGACAUCAAUAAGGAGCUCUCCACGCCAGACAAAGUCCUCAUCCCUGAACGGUAUAUUGACCUGGAGCCUGAUACUCCCCUGAGUCCCGAGGAGUUGAAGGAAAAGCAGAAGAAGGUGGAGAGGAUCAAGACACUCAUUGCCAAGUCCAGUAUGCAGAACGUGGUGCCCAUCGGCGAGGGGGACCUUGUGGACGUGCCCCAGGACUCAGAGAGCCAGCUGCAGGAGCAGGAGAAGCGGAUUGAAAUCUCCUGUGCCCUGGCGACCGAGGCCUCCCGCAGGGGCCGCAUGCUGUCUGUGCAAUGUGCCACCCCAAGCCCUCCCACCUCCCCUGCUUCCCUGACUCCACCAGCCAACCCCCUAUCGUCUGACUCCCCACGGGGCGCCGACAGCAGCCAUACCAUGCGGGUCUGAGCUCUGACUGCAAGCCCUGGCCGAGGCCAACGCCAUGAAGCUCCACAGAGCCACGUUCUGAAGGUCCCCUCUGCCUACUGAGGUCCUGACUCCCCAGCCUGGCCCCCCCGCCCCUGCGCUCCUGUGGGAAUGCUGCAGGGAGCCAGGCUGGGGCCAGGGUUGCUGCCGAGACUUACCUCAGUGUCCACAUGCCCACCACGCCUGGCCCUGAAGCCCUUGCUACUCAGAUGGCAGCACCAGGCCAGGGCUUGAGAUGGUGGGCAGAGAGCACCCUCCCAGCGGGCGCCUCCCAGGGGCUAGGCCUGGCCCCAGCUGGUGGUGCGAUGGCCCUACUAGAACAUUUCCUGAGGAAGAGGAUGCCCCGGUGGGAAAGAUGCCCUGGGCUGUCUUGGGUUAGGUCUGGAGUGAAGAGAAGACGGACACCCCUGACAUCGAGGACAGCACGUGCCAGCAGGUCCUUCCCCCGUCAUUCCCAUCCUGCCACCCCAGCUGUACCGGGGGCUUUGACACAUCUCUGCUCGUGGGUGCUCCUUUGGGGUCUGGUGGAGACCGACCACCCUGCUUGAGCCAAAGACAAGGAGACCAGUGACGAGGAGAGGCUCCUCGGCUCCCAGAGGGGACAGUGCUGGCUGUAGGUGGAGAGCGGCACGCAGGUCUGUGCAGCGUCUGAGGACAGGUUGAGAAGGGGGAGAAGAGAGAAAGAGAUGGAGGCAAGUGGGAGGACAGGGAAGCAGUGGGGCUCGUUUGCAAGUGAGAGGAUGAGACAGAGGUGGAAAGGGGCUGUGGGAUUGGUUUCCCCAGGAUGGAGCGUUAGCUUAAGUGCCAAGUACGUGCCGGAUGCCAGCUCUGCUCCCCCACCUGCUCUCCCGGGUCCACCGGCCUGCCCACACUGGCUCUGAGAGGGCCCACCAGUGAGCACAUGGUGGCCUGCAGCAGCAGCCGUGGGGACAGUUGUGGGGAGGCUGGUGUGGCUGAGUGGGUCGGAGAUGGCCCUUCCUGGGUCUGGGCCUGGUGUGUCUGCCUUCCCCUCCUAGGCUUGGGGGCAGAGAGAAGGACCUGUGUCAUGUAGGGUGUAGUCAGCCUUGGGGCCUUUCCUAACCCUGUUUAGGACAUUUUCUUGUCCGCCUUGCCCCUGGAAUGUGCUGUGGGCCAGCUGAGAGGGUGCCCUUGAAAGGAAAUGCAACCUCAGUCUGCAAGGCUAGGGCCUUGCAGGGCCCCGUCCUGCAUCGUGAGCAACCCCUAGGAGGACCAGGUGAGGCUGUAGGAAGGACUCCCUUCUGGCCUGGCUUUCUCACCAUCUGCCUACCCAGGGAGGCCGGUGGAGGAGACACAGAAGCAAAGAUGGUUUUUCCUUCUCGCCGCUCACCUUGGGAGGACUGUAGCCAGAGAGGAGGGAGGGGAGAGUGAGACUGGAAAAACCUGGGCCCCAAGGCCAGCUCUUUGCCAGAGUUGCUGCCGGGAGACUUCAACCUCCAGUGGUCCCAAGAACAACUGCUUUAUCUGCCACCAGUUCUCCUCCACGCCUUCACAGCUGGGACGGUUACUGGUUCAUAUGCAAGUAAAGAUGGCAAUUCAUUCAACAAAUAUUUAUCGAGCCCCUUUUAUGUACCAGGCACUGUUCUAGGUACUUCGGGUAUUCUCGUGCUUCUGAGGAAUUGCAGGCUGGGGAAUUUCACUUCACUUUUUAGCAGAUUUUUUGAACAUGACCUUUGGCUACAUUUCCCAUCUUUAAUGCACAUGAAGCACCCCAAACCUGUUUUUUCCUCCCCCCACAGACUGGCAGGUGGGAUUGGCCCUCUCCCUCUUUCCAACACCCUCCUCCCUCCACAAGAAGCAGCUGUUUCAGGGCCUCCAUGCCUUCCCCUUUCGUUGUCUGUCUCCUUUUUUUUUUUUUUUUAAGUGAUAUUUUUAGAAAUACGUGCAAAAUACCAAGGGUUAAUGUCUGCACCUCUACACUUCUCUCUCACCUCUUAUUUCAUAAAGCUGGCUCUUUAUGUUGCUUUACAUGCCUUAAUAUAUGUUUUAUGAAGAUUAUACAUAUUAUAGAUAUAUACAUAAUAUAUAUAUUUGUUUGGACGUCUGAUCCUUUCCCAGAACUCCUGCCCAGGCCACUUCCCUCCUUUAUUUUCCACACCAUUCCUAGCAUGUUAUGGCCACACCCCAUGCCUUUUGAUCCAAAGAAGGGGAGAGGACAGACUUAUUUUAAGACAGAUCUAUUUUACGCUUUUGUUAUAAAAGCAAAUCUAUUUUCGAAAUGUGCAAUGUCUGAAUGGAAUCAGCAAACGAUAUGAAGAGACUGGGUGGCUGCCUCUCGGUCCAGCCCUACAUCCCUCCCUCUCCCCUGGCAGCUUCCUUCUCCCAUCCCUCAGUCUGCAAAGGGCUGGUCCCCAGAGCUCGCCCGAGAGCAUUUUACCAGGGCAGGACGUUCUCUUGGAAGUCCUGGUCCAAGGAUCUGAUUACACUGUCAACUCUUGAUGAGCCUCUCGGGUUACAGGAUGUGAAUCCUCUCAGAGGAAAUGUUUACAGCUGUGUGCACAGGAGUACACCCGUGCGGGCACACACACUCACACACACACCUCCAGUGUUCUCCUGGACCACCUCCUGUCAUCAGCCUACUGGAGAGGGCAGUCAAUGGCAGCCUAUGCCAAAUGGCACCAAGAACUCUACUCCCCAGUGGAGUAGGAGAUACAGGACAAAGGCCAAAGGAAAUAUUUCAGGACCACAGGUCCUUCAGCACAGACACGUUCAAGUUCCUUGGACUUCUCACACUCCUUGAUCCCUUUCUGGUCCGGGUCACAUCAAUGACAUCGGUCUGUCUCCCUUUGUGACCUUUCCUCUGGGGGCUCCAGUUAAGGGAAACGGUACCUCAGUCUGGCAUCCAGACCGCAAAGUCGGCUUCUGGGCUGAAGUGGGUCCCAUGGGCAAGGUAACAUCUCAGCCUUGCCCAGGAAGCCCCCAGGACUUUCCUCUGCAGGCUGCCACUGGGGUGCUGACCUCCGCCGGCUCAGCCUUCCAAACUGCUUAUCAGCUGACAAAGUAGGUAAGGGGCUCUUGCCUUGCAAGGAUUUGGGCAGAAUGGAAUCCAAGGGUUUGGGACUGUCACAGAGCUCCUAGCCAGCAUUUGAAGCCUGACUUCCCAACUUUGACAUUUACUGGCUCCCUGUUCCCAGCCUGCAGCAUCUCCUUAUGAAAGAAUGGGGCCCAGAUGGAGGCCCAGGGCUAAGUAACCCACCGGGGGACAGCCCUGGUUGCUAUUCUAAGGCCUUGCCUUCCCAAUUAGCACAUUACCUCCCUGAUCAAUAACCAAGAGGCUGUAAUCAAAUAAUGCUACUGUCACUUUAAAGAUUUUUCUGAGGUCGCAAGCUGUGCACACUUGCUCUCCUGCCUUGGUGAGAGGCAUGUUCUUGGGGCAGGGCUGACUAUAGCAAGACGGAAUCAAUCCCUUUCCCCUUUAGGCACCCCCUUACCUGGCAGCUCUUAAAACUAAGGAAAAUAUGGAAUAUACAUAUAAAUAUAUAUACAUAUAUCUAUUUAUGCACAUACUGGGGCCAAUUUGAUCUGCUAGUAUUAGACAAUAAACCAUACAAGGAAAUGUAUGAUCUCAGUGUCUUGAUUUAGUAUAAAAGUGACCUUAGAAGAAACAUUAAAGUUAGCUAAACAGAGGGCAUCUCUGUUGGGGGACCAAACAUCUGUAGCCACCCCUUAGCAUCUUUCUCGCCAACAAGCCCCCUCCCCAGGAAAGGGCAUCCUGACUGCUAGGUGAGCGUCUGCUUCCCUGCUCCCCAGCAUUCUUUUUAGAUCUAGGUACUGAAGAAUCCCAGUGAGCUCUGCAUUUGUAUCUUGCAAGUUUGUAUAAACUCAAUACAAGAAAUAAAAUGAAUGGUUUGUACAA